AUGACCUACUACCAUGCUUUGAUUCGCACCCACCACAUCACCUCCCGCAAAAAGGUCUCCGCGCUGAAAAGCGCCGCUCAGACCCUCAACGUCUUCGCGCUCCUCCGCUCCGGCGGCUGCCCGGGGAUAAUGUACGUCGAGGCGAAGGAUAAAGAUGCUGUUGAGUCAUGGGUUAGUGUGGUUCGGAACCUACGAUACAAGGACUUUCAGCUUGUGAGUCGCCCGGCCUGUGUGUUGGUCGAGGAAGACGCGUUGAAGACGGAAGGUAAGGGGACAGACGGUGGGAUCAAGAGAGGAGAGGCGUUCCUAGGAAAUGGGCUUGAUGAAGUGGAGAGCGUCAAAGAGUUCGGGAGUCUGAUGGCACAGAGAGGCGUUUGGCAGUGGUGGAGGAAGGGAAUGGGAUAUGCUCGUGGAGACUGA